GCGCGCGGUGUCCUCUGCGCUCUGCUCGCCCGCCCGCCGGGGUCUCGGCGAUCGCUGCUCCUCCUCCCGUCCUCCUCCUCCCCUCGUCCUCCUCCUCCGGUCCUCCUCCUCUUUCUCCUCCUCCUCCUCCCCCCUCCGCCUCGCCACCGCCGCGGCUCGGGCUGGAGGCGCCGCUGUCAUUCCUGCGCCGGAGGAGCCGGCCAAAAUCCUGAGCAUGAUGGAAGACAAUAAGCAGCUCGCGCUCCGCAUCGAUGGGGCGGUCCAGUCGGCCAGCCAGGAGGUGACCAACCUGCGAGCCGAACUCACGGCCACCAACCGGAGACUAGCGGAACUGAGCGGCGGAGGCGGCGGCCCGGGCUCAGGCCCGGGAGCUGCGACCAGCGCCUCGGUGGCGGCGGCGGCGGCGGUGGACUCGGCGGCGGCGACUAUGGAGAACCAUCCACACGGCGCGCAAGUGCUCCUGCGGGAAGAGGUGGCCCGGCUGCAGGAAGAAGUCCACCUUCUCCGGCAGAUGAAGGAGAUGCUGGCCAAGGACCUUGAGGAGUCGCAGGGUGGCAAGUGCUCUGAGAUCCUCUCGGCCACCGAACUCCGGGUGCAGCUGGUGCAGAAGGAGCAGGAACUGGCCAGAGCCAAAGAGGCCUUGCAGGCUAUGAAAGCAGACCGGAAGCGCUUAAAAGGCGAGAAGACGGACCUGGUGAGCCAGAUGCAGCAGCUGUACGCCACGCUGGAGAGCCGCGAGGAACAGCUGCGAGACUUCAUCCGCAACUACGAGCAACACCGCAAGGAGAGUGAGGACGCUGUCAAGGCACUAGCCAAGGAGAAGGACCUGCUGGAGAGGGAGAAGUGGGAGCUGCGGCGGCAGGCCAAGGAGGCCACAGACCACGCCGCAGCGCUACGCUCCCAGCUGGACCUCAAGGACAACCGCAUGAAGGAGCUGGAAGCCGAGCUGGCCAUGGCCAAGCAGUCCUUAGCCACACUGACCAAGGAUGUGCCCAAGCGGCAUUCACUUGCCAUGCCUGGAGAGACAGUGCUCAACGGCAACCAGGAGUGGGUGGUGCAGGCGGACCUCCCACUGACCGCUGCCAUCCGGCAGAGCCAGCAGACUCUCUACCACUCCCACCCUCCCCACCCUGCAGACCGGCAAGCGGUCAGGGUGAGCCCCUGCCACUCCAGACAGCCCUCCGUCAUCUCCGAUGCAUCUGCUGCUGAAGGCGACCGGUCAUCCACACCAAGUGACAUCAACUCCCCACGACACCGGACACACUCCCUCUGCAACGGCGACAGUCCCGGCCCCGUUCAGAAGAACCUUCACAACCCUAUUGUACAGUCACUAGAGGAUCUUGAAGACCAAAAACGGAAAAAGAAGAAAGAGAAGAUGGGAUUCGGCUCCAUCUCCCGAGUCUUCGCCAGAGGGAAGCAACGGAAAUCCCUCGACCCGGGCCUCUUUGAUGAUUCAGACAGCCAAUGCAGCCCCACGAGGCACAGCCUCAGCCUGUCUGAGGGAGAGGAGCAGAUGGACCGACUACAGCAGGUGGAGCUGGUGAGGACCACACCCAUGUCCCACUGGAAGGCUGGUACGGUGCAGGCCUGGCUAGAGGUGGUGAUGGCUAUGCCCAUGUAUGUUAAAGCCUGCGCGGAGAACGUCAAAAGCGGGAAGGUGCUGCUGAGCCUGAGUGAUGAGGACCUGGAGUUAGGCCUGGGUGUAUGCAGUUCCUUGCACAGGCGCAAGCUCCGCCUGGCCAUCGAGGACUACCGAGAUGCUGAGACAGGCCGUAGCCUGUCCAAAGCUGCUGACCUGGACCAUCACUGGGUGGCCAAGGCUUGGCUAAAUGACAUUGGCCUGUCCCAGUACUCACAGGCCUUCCAGAACCACCUGGUGGAUGGACGGAUGCUGAACUCCCUGAUGAAGCGGGACCUGGAGAAACACCUGAAUGUGUCCAAGAAGUUCCACCAAGUCAGCAUCUUGCUGGGGAUUGAGCUGCUCUACCAAGUGAACUUCAGUAGGGAGGCCCUCCAGGAGCGUCGAGCCCGCUGUGAGACACAGAACACGGACCCUGUGGUCUGGACCAACCAGCGGGUGCUGAAGUGGGUACGCGAUAUUGACCUUAAGGAAUACGCAGACAACCUAACGAACAGUGGCGUCCACGGUGCUGUGCUGGUUCUGGAGCCCACGUUCAACGCAGAGGCCAUGGCCACAGCCCUGGGCAUCCCCAGCGGGAAGCACAUCCUCCGGAGACACCUAGCAGAGGAGAUGAGCACUGUUUUCCAUCCAGCCAACUCUGCAGGCAUCCGGGAGGCUGAACGCUUCGGAACCCCACCCGGCCGGGCCUCCAGUGUCACCAGGGCAGGGAAGGAGGAGAGCGGGGGCUGCAGCAAGUACAGGGCUGGCCGGCUGCCCCUGGGGAAGAUAGGAAGAGGCUUUAGCAGCAAAGAACCAGAUUUCCACGAUGACUAUGGCUCUCUUCAGAAUGAGGACUGUGGGGACGACGACCCCCAGGGCAGGCCCGAGCAGUGCCGCCUGGAGGGCUACAACAGCUUGGAGGUCACCAAUGUGUGAGGCACAUGACUGGACGUGAGACCUGGGAGGAAGAACAGCCUGAUGCCCUGGUGACAUCCGUCCCCACUGUACAGAGACCUGGGGCUAAGGAUGGACCUCGGUGUCUGGAUGGAGUCCCCAUGGAUGACUGAAAAUUCCAGGCACCAAGGAUAGAGACACCUCCCUGCCAGAUGUCCCAGGCUGCAUGGCUAUUCCUGUGCUCCUGGAGACUCAACACCCCCAAGAAUACAUCACCCAGCCCCAUAAGCCAGUAGGUGCAGGUGACCCUUGCACUGCCAAUCACAAAGCAAGCCAGGUGCUGCUGAGCUUCCACGGUGGAGAGAGGCCCCCAGCCAGCCUUGGCAGAGCCCUGGGCUCUGAGAACCAGGGGCAAAGCCAGCCAGCAAGGAUCAGGUGGUCUUGCCUGCCACCAAGAUCUCAGGUAGAUGAGAUCACCCCUCGGGCUCCUGGGCAAAGAACUUGAACUGACCUGGUCGCUGAUUCUAGAGGAGUACAGAGCCGAGGCUGGGUAUUCCUUCCACUUCAGAGCUCUGCACCAUGGGUGGGUGUGUUACACAGGUGCGUGCCCAUCUCCUCCCAUGCCCAUGGCUGCCCUGAAUAGGGACAGGGAAGGAACCCUGCAGGGCAAGAGGGCCUGGCAUCAAGCAACUCCAGGGGAUGCCCACAUCUUGUCACCAGAACGAAAGGUACCAUGACCUCGGGAGCAGGAGGGACUGACAUCAGUCGGAGACGAUUCCAAACGUGGACUUGGGUUCUGGGUCUGGGAUGGGGAAACAUUUGCCACCAUUAACCCAACCUCUGCUGUGAUGGUCCUGUUACCUGAGACAGGUGUGCUUAUCCAUGACCUGACAGGGGUGCAAAUUCCACAGAGCAAGGUCAGUAGGUGUCAGAAGAGGGGACCUCCAGCCCUGUUCUCCACCUGCCACUGAUUUGCGUGUGACUCCCUCCCCCAGUGGCCUCACCUCUCUGUGCCUCAAUGUCUUACAAUACUUCCAGUUCCUCCCAGGGAUGCCAGGAGGGUUAACACUUGCUAAUGUCUAUACCAAGUUUUGAAUCUCUCCAGAAAAAAACUGGAAGGGAUGGUGGGGAGAGAGCAGGCCUAACUUCCCAUCCAAGGACACUCGGUGAGUUCUCUCCAUUUCAACGGGGGCAAUAGGCAGAAGGGAAACAAGGACUUUUUAACCUUGAGGGUUUCCAACACCUCCCAGCAAGGCCUGGGAGAGCCACGAGUGAAUGCGGCCUGCAGACUGGGCCGGGGGCAGUGUCCAGGUCCACACUGACUUUGCUGAGUAACACCAGGGAGGGCUUGAUGGGCAGAUGUGCUCUGCGUGGCUUGGACCCCCCACCCCCCAAAUCCCUACUCUCUCUGAGGUCUUUACUCUGGAGUGCAUGAAAGGUUCAAAUUCCCAAAUCUGGCAGCAGGGGGCAGUCUCUGAGCCACCAAAGCCAGUUUUCAGGGGGACAAAGUACUUGUGGGAAAACCACACAGAGCCCCAUGAUCUUGAGAGUUGCUGGGGCUAAAAUCGAAGGCCCGACUUCUCAAAAACCUUUCCAUAGGCACAAUCAUCUUCCGGGUCUGAGUUCAGGCCUCAGGGGUGGGGAGGAUCCCUUCUGUCAUUGGCCUCUGAAGGACACAUGUCUGCUGCUGGGACCUGAAGGGUGAUCAUCUGGGAUGUGAUUCAUCUUUGCUGAGGUUCCAAACCCCAGGAAUAUUCAGCCACAUCCCUGGGGUCCUGAGGCUACUAAACUCACAGCCCAGUAAGGGGAGGGGCUAGCUGGGAGACCUGGGAUGCAGAAUCUGCCUAUAGGGAGGCAGCAAAGGCAGGUGUCCUGUUGGCUGUGACUCCCAAAGAGGGAACUAGAGGGGCAGAAGGGGCCAGAGUGCAGGGCACAGGAUUUGAAACUGAUGUUCACCCAAGGUGUCAGAAAUGACGCUUAUGUUCAUCCCAGACUCCAUCUUGGGACAAGGUUGUGGUGGGUCACCAGGAAAGAUAGUAUUGCCAAAAACAAGCCUAGCAGCAGACCAGCAGGGAACCUUGGACAACCUUGAUUUUACCUGUGGGUCCUGUGACACUUUCAUGACACCCCUGCCAUCUGGGGCUCUGGGUCCCAGGUGAGACAGUAAGGCUGGGUUUCCCCAUGAGGACAGUGUGAACAAUAGGCCACACAUCCCACCCAAGGUGAAGUAGGUGAAGUAUAGCUCUACUUUCUGAUGGGCAGAGGGGUAGGGGUAGAAAGGUACCCUGCUAGCUAGCUGACAGGCUGGUAAUGCAGUCAUAAAGACAGGGGACCCGCUAUGUUGCAUCCAAACAACUAAGUUGAAGUCUUGGUCCCCAAAGGGUGACACAGCAUCUAGACUUGGGGAGACACAGGCUGCUCUGGAACGAUUGAGGUCUGUGCAGCUCCUUGCAAGGAAGGAGGGCAGAAGUGGAGUGAAGAGAUGCCCCAUUUUCCUCCUAGUGGCUAGGAGUCCACAGCAUCGAAAGACUGCUUCCUGAUGGACUCUGGGAUUCUGCUCCUGACAUCUCUUCAAGACUCUAUCCUCCCUGUGGUGCCUCUAGCACUCUCUCUGUCAGCGUUACUGUCCUGACUCCACGCUGCAGGAGGCAGGGUCCACCACGUGACAGCCCAGACCAGGUAAAGUAGAAGAAAGGGGCCUCUUCCAAGCCUGGUCAGUAUGGGGAGACUUAGAACAGGGACCCCCGAAGUUCAGGGUAAAAUAACAGGCUGUGGUCUUGGCAGAAUGGAAAAUUAGGCAAGAUGUGACUUCAGUCUUCACGGCACAGGGACCUUCUCCAGCCCACGGGGAUGCUCUAACCUGGAGAGGUCAGCUGUACCUAGCUAGACCAUACCGCCUGUUACCAGAAAGUCACGUAUUCUGAGGACCAUCAAAGACUCCUGCCUGUGUUUCCCUGGGAAUCAGAAAAAGGAGCCCCUGGAUAGUGGCAACUGUCUAGAUCUCACUUUAGGACCCAUGGUUUGCUGGUGACAGAGUGAACUGCAAGGCCCCAGCACCUUCCCAGAGAGAAUUCUAACAGUAUAACAAUAAACGC